AUGGGUCUCAACUACUACGCCUCGUCGCCAACCGUGGUCCUGCCGCCCCAGCAACCGCAGGGCUACUUCUCCCACCACCAGAACACCGCCGCAUCACCAAUGGGUAAUUUCCGCCCCAAAUACCCUACUCCACCCUCGCUCAACUAUCUAGCCGCCGUCUCCAAUGCCACCGCUGGGCGCAAACGAUCCAUCGCCGACGUUGACGAGCCCGAGGAGAAUCUACCCGUCGGAUCCAUCGUCACUCAAGCACCUGCGAAACCGAAGCCCGAGCCUGUGUAUGGCCCAGGUAUGACGCUCAUCUACCCUGGCGAACCUGGCUAUGCAUUGGCUGCCGAGUCGCAAUCGGGCACCUGGUACGAAGAGAAGAUCGAAAAGGAAGAGAAGGCUGAAGCUGCUGCUCGCCCCAUUGCUAUAUCGCGCAAGUCGGUACGGAUGAGCCCGUCCGCCAAUGUCGAAGUUCCCUCCCUCAACGACAUGGAUGCUCAGAAGACCGAAGAGCUUAUCGACGACAAUGGCACCACCAUCAACAAGCUCAUCUCGUCGCUUGGAGUGGGCUGGAAGAACGUCAUGUCCAACCCAAACCUCCGCGACGCUGCGCGCGCAUACUCGCGUGUCAUUGAACGUCAUUUCGACUUUACUGAUGUCCUCGUCAUGCUCGAGAAGGAAUCACUCAACGCGUACCUUGUUCGCGCAAAGCAACACGGCGUCCAAGGCUACUGGCUGUUCUCGGACAGCCUGCAAUGGUGCCAGCUUGUCGGCUGGUCACUAGAGCGCACCGUCAGCAACCUCAUGUUCGGUGCCACCCCUCGCGUCGAGGGCGAACGCAUCAAUGCUCGUCAGCUCACUCCUUCUUCACCUGCAUCAACACCUGCUGUACAGUCUGCUGUUGAGAUUCCCUCAACUAACGCAGACGUCGAUGCAAUGGAGAUGUAA